AUGAGACCAACAGAUUCAGUGGGAGCUCAGAUAGAUGAUAUCGAGCGUACAGAAGAAGAGGCAGAACCAGAAUCGGAUGAACCGAUUGCUGAGAGCAGCACGCCUCUGGCACUGGGCCGAGAACCGAGGAUGAGAAGGGCCCCGGAUAGAUGGGUCUAUCGGGUCAAGGAGGAAUCAGAUGGGACGAAGCGAUACAAGGCCAGACUUGUAGUGAAGGAUACUCCAGAAGAUAGUCACAUUGCAGCCAAGGAGCUCGUUUGGCUGCAAAACUUCCUGAAUGAACUUGGGAGACCUCAAGAAGAUGUGGCUCUAUACAGCGAUAGCCAGAGUGCAAUCCAUCUGGCAAAGAACCCCGCGUUUCACUCGCGAACGAAGCACAUCGAGGGUAAGUAUCAUUUCAUCCGACAACUUCUAGACAAGAAGGUGUUGCAGCUGAAAAAGGUUUCGGGAAAGAGAAAUCCUGCAGACAUGUUGACCAAGGCGACGUCGCGAGUCCUAAAGAAAGGAGCUUUGGGAAGUCGGCUUAUGAUAGUCGACUUUCUAUGA